AUGGGGACCGAGGCCGUGAGCCGCCACGGCGGCUCAGCAGGCAGCGCGUGGCUGGCACGGCCCUUCUGCCAGCAGCGUCUCUGCAGGCGUGAUCUGUUGCUUGCAAAUGCAUCGGGGGCUGUGUCAAAAUGGGUUUGCAGCGUGCUGCUCUGGCUUGGCUGGUGGCGGUUUGGAGGGAGAGAUGCCGAGACCUCUUCUUCCUGCCGGUCCCUGGCGUGUGCAACAACAAAAGGACUGGGGAAAUGCGAGGCUGGCAAAAUGCCCGCGGCUCCCUGGAGAAACUGCCGUCACAGGAGCGUAGGUGGUGUGAUCCUGUUUUCCCAAAAAAAAGCUAUAGUGACUGGAGGUGCUAAAGGAAUUGGUUACCAAACUGUGAAGCAUUUGGCACAACUUGGCAUGCACGUUAUAAUAGCUGGAAACAGCGAGAGUGAGGGCCAAAAAGCGGUGAGGAAAAUACAAGAAGAAACUUUGACUGGAAAAGUGGAGUUUUUAUACUGUGAUUUGGCUUCCAUGAAGUCCAUACGGCAAUUUGUGCAGCGGUUUAGAGCAAAGAAUUGUCCACUCCAUGUCCUGGUGAACAAUGCUGGGGUGAUGCUGGUCCCUGAAAGGAAGACGGAGGAUGGGUUUGAGGAGCACUUCGGCUUGAACUACUUGGGACACUUCCUGUUGACUAACCUCCUCUUGGAUACGCUGAAGCAAUCAGGAACGCACAGUCACAACGCUAGGAUCAUCACUGUCUCGUCAGCCACCCAUUAUGUAGGCAAAUUGCACCUGAAUGACUUACAAAGCAGAUGUUCAUAUUCACCCCAUGGAGCCUAUGCCCAAAGCAAACUUGCCCUUGUGUUAUUUACCUAUCGACUACAGCAUCUUCUGACUGCAAAUGGAAGCCAUGUGACUGCUAAUGUAGUAGACCCUGGAGUAGUGAAUACUGAGCUCUACAAGCAUGUCUUUUGGGCUGUAAAAGUGGCCAAAUGGAUGACAGCCUGGCUAUUUUUCAAGACUGCAGAGGAAGGAGCCUCUACAAGCAUCUAUGCAGCAGUGUCACCCGAGAUGGAAGGAGCUGGCGGCUGCUACCUUUACAAUGAGGAAAGGACAAAAUCAGCUGACGUUGCGUAUGAUGAGGACCUGCAGAGAAGGCUCUGGACAGAAAGCUGCAAGAUGGUUGGGAUUUCUGAUGAAUCCAGCAGAGUUCCCUAGAAGAAGCUGCUUCCAGCUGGGUAAAUGAAAUGUAUUGACAAGCAUCUUAGGUGAAUUCUUGCAGCAUCAGUCAUCAUCCUGGAAAUCACUGUUCAGUCUCAAAGGCAAACAAGAACAGCCCUGUUCUUCACUUGAACCCCUAGUCUGCUAGGGUGUGGGGGGAGUAUUCCCACAGAAAGAGGUAGUGGUUGGUUUUAAAUCUAACCAUCAGUUUUGUAAAUCAUGAUGUUUCAGUCUGUGAUUAAAAUACAAUCUUUAACCUUG